CCCCAUUCGUCGUCAUCCCCUCCCACUUCAAUCCUUGAUCUGGCAGGACAAUCAACGCAUGUCGUGUACGUUCGGCGGCGUAACACCCGAGAACAAACAGAAGCCCUACAAAAAGUAUACGCAAUGACCGCCCACCCUUCGCGAGGUCAGCGACAAAGUCUGGCAGAUGAACUCGGAAUUCCGUUACAAACUGGUUCCAGAACAAACGUCAGACGUCCAGAAAAAAAUCGCUUGCAUACAAAGAAAAUAUACCACCAAAGCAUCCGAACGGACAGACUAAGUUGGGACAGCGACCACAUUUCCCGGAAAGCGGCAUCGAAAUCUUCCGUUUCACGUUCUACUAUCUCACUCGACGAGAUAGCAGAGCUUUCUGAGCGAUCUACUCGGCUCCGUCAAUCUGCAGAAGUGUCAACUCCACGGCGCUCUGCAGAUUUGUGGAAAUACAUGCCAUCAUCGCCACUCACCCCCCACUCACCUCCCACACGGGAAGAAACAGACACGUCAUCAGAGGCGAAGGUGUUUCACUCGUUAGAGUGGGCGUGUCUAAGAGCCAGGAAAGAGAUCCGGGCCGACGACGACGAGCCCUGGAAGGGGCCCGAGAGCGAGGCAGGGACGGUGUCAGACAACCUUAACUUGUUACAUAAACGAGAUGCUACGUCUGUGCACACUGCCGGGAGUGACUGCGUUACUCACUCCAAGGACGUGGAGGCAGCAAUAACUCUGCUAGCAAUCAAAACACGCUCCUAAACUUUGUAAUCCCUGGUAAAUAGACGUAAAGGCACCGCGAUUGUUGUAUUCACCUUUGAUCGUCUACAAGUAUCACCGACUCUUUUUU